GAGGAAGAGGAAAACCAGAUGUUCGGCGUUAAACAAAACGUUCUGUUGAUCUUUCAAACAAGAAGUCGUAAAACGACAGGGAAAGGGAAAUUCACACGCUGAGUACCCCUCCUUGCUAUAUACACACAGAUAUUUUCAUUUUCAUUUUCUUUUGUUUAGUUUGGCUUCUUUGAAAAAAAUGUCUGUGCCUGUUUCUUCUUCUCUCAUGGUGGAGCGCGAAGAGGCCUACCCUAGUGAGCGAGGCCCGCGCCAGGACCCUCCGCCGCCGCCGCCACGCGCGGCGUGGAUGUGGAAGCCGCGCUCGACGCUCGUCGACAGCGACGGCAACGCGAAGCGCGCCACUUCUCUCAUGCAGCUGCGCCGCAUCGGUGCGAAGCAGUGGAACCGGCGGUUUGUCUUCCUCGACCACCACCUGUUCUGCUACGGCAAGGACAAAGGGAGCAAGGACAAGGAGAUCCCUUUUGAGCUCAUCGUGGCGGUGCGGCGGGAGACGGCCGACAAGCUGCGGCGAGAGCAUGCACCGAAGGAGUUCGCCGACUUUGGGUGGAACCUCGCGGUGAAGGGACGGACGCUGCUCUUCUGUGCCGAAUCGGAGGAACGCGCGGAGCAGUGGGUCAACUACCUCGCGGCCCUGCUGCGUGCCAUGAAAGGCAACCCUACCGGUCCUCUUUCUGGCGUACCACCCUCUUCUAUCGCUACCCCUGCUCUUGCUCCUACUGCGUUGUCGGAUGCCUCGCCGGAGAUACUGACGCCAGAGCGCGGCACCACUUUGGCGGAGCUGGGUGCGCAGUACGACAACGCGCACCCAAACGAUGGCACACACGACACGUUGACCACCGUCACCUCGCCAGUGCAGUUGCUGUCGGAUGAGGUCCGCAUCCUGACACCUGGUGAGUCUUCACGGCAACAACAGACAUCGCUGAAUGCCAACCCACAAGCUCAGCCAUCUACUUUGGCGCUUGUGCCGACGGGGGAAGUAGCUGAGCCUCAGAAGGCCGACGAACAAGGCCAAGUCUCUGAAGCUGCACUGGACGUCCGAUCAGAGCAAGGCGACAACCGCCGUCGCGCGGGUGCAGUGUUGAUGGAGCGCACAACGACACUGGGCGGCCGUGAGAAUGCGAAAACGGGUGACAACGCCGGAGAAGAUGCGAAGGAAGAGGGAGAUGCCGGAGGGAACGAAGCGAACAGCGACCUUCCCAGCGAUGCAUCUUUGCUCGACGUCUCAUCGGACGACACCGAAGGUGAAGACAACGGAGAUGAUGAUCGUGAGGAGGGUGGUGGUGGUGAUGACGACGGCGACGGUGAGGUGCACCCACGCACGCGGGUCACGGGUCGCAGUAUUUCAACGUCUGCCUUCAUUGAAGGUGAGCCGCUGCCGGAGCAAAGCGCGACGGAGCGCCAACCACCACGCGAGAUGCGUUACGCGCGAUUCCUCCUCCCGUUGGCAGCGGAUCCGCACUCCCACAUCGCGUACCGUAUUCCAGCGCUAGAGGCGUAUUUCAAGUCAGGGGACGACGUCAGCAGCGUGACGUUCUCUCGUACCAUGGAGAAGGUGGGCAAGCGCGACAACGCCCAGACACGGGAGGUGGUGCUGACGCCCCGACACUUGUAUCUCUUCAGCAAGGGCCGGCUGGCGAAUGGCCAGAAGGUGCGCUGCAUCGAUACACACGACAUCACCGGUGUGGUGGAGAGCACCACCGACAAGACACUCAUCGCUGUUUUAAUUCCUGCCUCUCACGAUGUGCUUCUCAGGGUGGUCGCGCAGAACUCCUGUGUGCCGGGGACGCCCGUGGAGGUGAAGCAGCAGCUCAUUGCGCACCUCUACAAGGCCCACUACGACGCCCACACCGACCACCGCUUUCUCUUCUGGGAGUCCGCCACCGUAGCGAAAAGAAUUCGUCGCACAGAGGAAGCGAAUUUCCCGCCGCUCGUCGUCCGCGCCGGGGACCAGAUGCGUGUGGGGGAGAAGCCGACCUUGCUUGAGACCUUCGCCAAGAACGCCGACGAGGCGGUAUACUGGUCCUCCAUGGUGCGACAGGUGCUGGCGGACCGCACGCCGCGGCUUUGCGCGUUGGUCGUCACCGAGAGCUCCAUUUACUCCCUCUCCGACACCCUGCAGGAGGUGGUGCGCCGCGCGUUCAUGCGGGACCUCCUCCACGUAGAGUACGACCGAGACGCGCAGUCCAUCCUACUGCAGUGUCGAGGCGUGGACAUGCUCUUUAACAUGCAGUCCAGCGCAGAGUUUGACGGCUUUCUUCGGGUGUUGCCCGCCGCCAUGGCAGACGGCUUCGGACGCACGCCGCGCCUCACCCCGUCCAAGCAGCUCUACUCCCACGCGAAACUCUUCGGCCUCUCCACGCUGAAAAGCGCGGGGUCUGUCGGGGCCACACGCUCCGCCGCGCGACGCCGCCGUGGGUUUCCCUGGACCAAAGGGAUGAAAGGAGGCGGCGGCGCCAGACUCCUCUCUUCCUUUGCAGCAGCAGCAGCAGCAGCCGACGAGGAGGGUGAGACCGACGAGGGCGUGGCAGCAGCGGCAGCCUUCCGCCACAGCAUCCAAGGCGAUUACGGCAACUCGCAGGCCAUCCGCAGGUUCUGCGCACAGUUUCGCUUUGUGGAGGAGGUCUUACUGGACUACGACGACGCCGUGGCGCUGUGGCGACAAUACGAGGCCUCCGCCGGGCUGCCGUGGUGGGACACGCUGCGGCUACGGUCCACCUUCACGACACGCCUGCGCGUCGGCGAGAUAUGCCUCACCGCUGCCUGCCGUCUGCUGGAGGCGAAGGAGUGCGCGACGCUGGCGAAGUCGUCCGCGCUGGAGCUGCACGAGAGCGUGGUGAAAGGGAUGGGCACCCCGCGGGCCAUCUGCGUCACUUCCGAGGGAUUCUUGUUUCUGAGCAACGGCGUCGCCUCCGCCGCCACUGCUCCUACUGCGGAAGGGCCUGGAUCGGGAAGUGCUGACACGACCUCGACAGCCGUGCGGAGCAGAAUGAAGCGUCGGCUGAGCGGUGCGGUGAGUCACACCAGCAGCAGCGGCGCUGAGGCUGGCAAAGACGAUGGUUUAAUCUUGGGUCUUGUCGGGUGGUCCUCCAUCGCGGCGGUGGUGCGAUGCCACAGCAAGGAAGGCUCCUCUGUGGCGCUGCUCACCAACCGCACGCACCCUGUCGACUACCUCUUUCACUUGGCGAGUGCGCAGACGAUGUUGGAUGUGAUGGCGGCCGCGAUGGGGUGCUACGCGCAGUACCGACACGGCGGCUCCGAUCACACGCACCUCCUGCCCCUCUACGCCGCCCCGCGCGUGCAGAACCUCGCCGUGGCGCUGAAGAAGAGCAUCUUUGACCCCUUCCCCACCGUGGCCCUGCGCUACACCCCGUACAGCUUCCCAAGCGAUCGGCUGCGGAUGGCUGUCGUACCCGACGUGGCCGACGCCUGCCGCCGCUUCGGCGACAACACGAUAUACUUCUCCGGGGUGGCGUGGCGGGUGCGGUCGGCGACGCUGCGCAAGUACGGCGGCCACCUCGCCGAGGACCCUGGCGCGGCAAUGCGACGGCAGAACAAUCACCUCUACAAGUCCUACAUCUUUGUGCUCACGAACGUCGCCAUCUACCACUGCACAAAGGGCGGCUUUGAGGUGGUGCGGCGCACGCUGCUGACGGACAUCAAAGGCAUCACCGUCGGCCAGCGCGACCCCGACACCGUGCUGCUCACGGUGCCGUCGGAGUACGACAUGUACUUCCGCGUUGCGGGCCGCGGGCCGGAGGUGGUGGCGCGGCUGCAGGAGGCUUACCUGGAGUGGACCAACUACGGCCACUACCUCCCGCACGAACGUCAGGGCAGCCACGCCCUGGAGGAGUACAGCCUUCCCGUGCGGCAGGCCCCGUGCGUCGUGGAGCUCGGGGCGCUGACCAAGCCGGCGUACUUCAACGACCUGCAGAACAGCCGCCCCGCAGCGGAGUGCCGCAACCAGACCCUGCAAUGGCAUCUGCGGUGUUUGCGGCGCGCCAUCGCCAGCUUCGAGCGUGCACAGGCCGCUGCCCGCAAGGAGCACCGUUCAGCACCCGCGGCGGCGGCGGGCGCACCGCCGUGGUGGACGUGGCGUCGCAUGCGUGCUGCCCUGGAGGAGCGGCAGUCCUUCUUGUACUUCGUGCACCGCCGCUGCUUCCGCUUCGGGCUGACCGGCGAGGACUUCAAUGAGAUGCAGCGGGCGCAGAGACUGCUGCGCAGCUACCGGGAGAUGGAGAGCAGCGCCAUGGACCUCGUCGCGGCGAUGUCCGGCAGCGAUCCUGAAGCUUUCCGUGCUGCGCUGCAACGCGCGUCUGCCGUGCCCGACCUGCGGCUUCUCGUCGAGGAGGAGACGCGGGUGUACGAGGGCCACCUUGCCCGCCGUGCGUGUCUCACCGCCGUCUUCGCCGCGGUGCAGCGCUACCGCUAUCAACCCAAUGGUCGCAGCACGUCCCUCGUGGCGCUCGAGGCAGCAGUGCUGGACCUUCUUGACGAGGCCCGUCGCGUGCGCUUUGACGCCUCCUUUUUGCGCUACUUGGUGCGCGUGGUGCGGGUGUUGGUGCAGCGCACGCAGCUCCAGCGCCUGGUAUGCGACCCAGCGAACCGGCAGCGUCUUUCGAUAAUGCGGGACGGCGGUUGGGUGCUCGUGCAGCAGGCAGCAGGUGAGGUCGGCAUGACGUGGCGGCCACCCGUCAACACUGCCGCGGCGCCUUCACCGUCCGCGCGGCUGCAGCUCAACGUUCGCGUCGCGCAGCUGGCACUGAAGCGCUCCAUCAUGACCGACGACCCGAUUCUCAUCCGCGGAGCGGUGGCGCUUGCCGUUUCUGUGCUAGAGGCAUGUGCGAAGGCUGGCACACCGCCAGAUGCGAAGGAGGGCGACGCCGCGACGGCGACGACGCUACGCAGGACAUUAGCCGCAGUGCAAGAUGCCUACACGCAGAUCAACGAGGAGGAGCGACAGCAUCUUGCGCGUGCCGUGGCGGCGCUCAUAGCAGCUCGUCAGACCCACCAGCGGCAGCAGACGUGGACGCCGCGUGUGGUGUCCGACAUGCUCACCACGUGCAUGGAGCUGGAAGAGCAGGUCGCCGCUCAACCCUUUCCCCUUUUGCACAAGUGCACACAGUCCCUUCUCGCGAUGGAACACGCCAUGCUGACGGAGCAGCAGCACCGCUUGCAGCAGCGUCAAGCGCUCGAGAACAGGGAGUUGGACGCACAGCAGCAGCACGAGCGCGAGCUGCAAAGGCGGCAGCUGGCGAUGCAGCGCGCGGGCGCCCGCCAACAGCGGCGCGAGGCCACUGCACAGGAGCGGCGGCAGCGUAAGGCGUUGGCACAGUGGAGCAGCCAGGUCGAUCAACUCGCGUCCCAGCUGACCGCAGUACUCGAUGAUGCCGAGGAAGUUGCGGACGAGAGUAUUCGACUCGGUGUGAAGCACUGCGUGCAUCUCCAACGGUUGAUCGUGGAAGCUGGCGCCCGCUACGGGCUGUCUGCGCCAACUUCUGCCGCCAGCGCCCAGCGCACGGCGCCACUUCGCUUUUCCCCUCUGCACCAGAGUUCUACAAGUCCCGGCCCGAUGGUAAGGGCUGGCGACAAAGCUUUGGCAGAGCUGCUGGCGAAGCUCCAGUCUGUCGCGGCUCGGGCGCAGCACCUCCUCGACAACCGAGCGAGGGGCGGGGCAGACCCGUAUGGAAUGUACAACACAAGUAGAUCGAACACCGCCGUUCACCCUUCGCCCACUGGCGCGUUUGACGGUGAUGCAGAGGCGGGCGCAGGCGGGGUGGCGCCGGCACUUUCAGCCGAAGUGGAGCAGCUCAUCGCGGCGCUCGACACGAACGGCGUGGUGGCGUACAUUCAUCAGCACCAAGACCACACCUCCACGCCGGACGUGCUCGAGCAGAUUCGCAUUCAGUGGCAACGUGCACGCCGGCAUCAGCGGUGGGUCGAGGCGCUGCACCGCCGUCUGCAUGCAGCCGCUGUGCUGCACAGCCGCGAACUGCUCGAGGCGGCGCUACAGGAGUCGGCGGCUGCGGCGUACACAGAUGCCGCGGUGGAGACGGCGUGUCGUGCCGUGGCAGCGAUGACAAAUCCACCAUCGCAGCGGCAACACCGAGACAAAAGGCGGAGUACUUCCAACCCUGAUGCCAUCGCAUCGCCCACCACUUCUUCUCCCCUUUCCCCCUCCUCCUCCCCUGCGCUCGACUUCGUUGCUCCAUGGCGACGUCGUCGACCUCUGCCACCGACAGAAGGAGCGAGGGAUGCGAAAACAGAGCUGGAUGCGGCCACCGCGUCUUCUGCGCUACGCCCCACCCAGGAAGAGAAGCCCAUCACGAAGGUUGAUGUUGUGGACGGCCUUCACGAAGAUCGACGUCCCAUUCUGAAUGCGGUAGGAAGCACCAGUGAAGCAGCGCAAUGCGUUCCUCUUGUAAAUCAAAAACUGGACGAGGUGACGCAGGCGAUGGAGGGCGUGGCACGCGCCGCAGAGACGGCCCCGGAUGCCCUGCCAAACGCAAAGGCCGUGUUGCAGCAGCUCUACGCGGCAACCGUCGCGUUGGUGGACAGAGCCGCCUCGGCUACAAGCGACCCACUCCCCGUCACCCCGUCUUCCACGUCCGAAGUCGCAGGCUCGACCGCCGCCGCCGCUGCAAUCUGCGUCACAGCGGACAACCCUUUCUGUGCAUCCUUCCUGCGGGCGUGGCGGGCGGUCCUUCAGCACCAGGCGCGGCCCAGCGGCGUUGUCAUCAAAGCUCCUCGCACUGUGUGGGACGUGGUGCGCGGCAUCGGUGAGACGAACACCGACGGCGACUACGCCGCGCCGUACGUGGCACGCCUGUCCAGCGACUUCCAACGUCUCUACCGCAGCACUGAGGACAGCGACGCGGCGCGGCAUCGCACCGAUGCGGUGCUGCUGGCCCUCAUCUUCUUCUCGCACCGCAUGGCGUGUGUCUGGGAGGGAUUGGAGCAGCUGGGAGAGAAGGACCGUCGUGCUUUGUUGCUGCCGGACUCGCUGAUGGCGCAGCCGGCGGUGGUGCGGGCGCUGCUCGCCGCGGCACGUGUGUGCGAUGCGGUGCAGUGGCAGUUCUCAAGCGUUCAGGCGCUGGCCACGGAGUGUUUGUUUCCACGCAACGGCGCGGUGGAGGUGCCAGUGCCGCGGCGCUUCUUGGAGAGCGUCGCCUCUGUCGCGGACGGUGGUGCUGUGCAGUCGAAUCGUGCACAACACGCAGGGUCGAUGAAGGCGACCCUCCUGCGGACCGUCGCGCCCCCGCCUGAAAUUGGCCCAGCGCAGCCUCCACCUUCCGUGUCGACUUCCCAAGCCAGAGUACGACCUCGCAACGCUGCAGUGUCUUCUUCAGCGUUAGAGACGCCAGCUGUCGAAGUAGAAGGCACGUCGGUGGGUAUCAUGCGGGAGGCCUACUGUGGCCAUGCUUUGAGUGGCCUGAAGGAGGCUGUACGCGACAUCGCCUCGUACUUUACGCGGCAGCUGCGCACCCAUGGCCCUGCGCCUGGUGCGUCACAAACCACCGCCCUCUACUUCGACGAGCACCGUUAUCCUGAAGUCGGUACACUGGUAGAGACGUCGGUGCUGCCACCACUUGCGGCACUCCUCACCUGCGGUCUGGUGCGACGCUACCAACUCGUCCGCACCCGCACCUUGUGGGACGUGCUGACGGAGCUGAGGGAGACGCUGACGGCCAGCGGACGUACCCUCGCAGCGGCGGAGGUGCUGUCGAUUAUGCUGGUGGUGGAGGCGUUGACAGGGACGCCGGAGGUGCAUGGCCGCUCCAACGCCAAACUGCGCGCCCUCUCCGAUGAGGAGUUGGACUCACUACGCGUGCGCGUGUUUCUGCGUGAGUGUUUGAACCGAAGGCAGCUGUACCCGCUCGUCUCUGCGUUGUUUCCUCCUUUGAGCGGAAACGAAGCGUGGGUGGCUGAGGGCUCUGGUGUGUUGUGGACCCUCUACAACCCGGCGCUGUGCUUGCUGUACCCACCCGAUGCCGAGUCCUCAAUGCAGCUGCGACCUUUGCUAGAGAAACUCUCUGCCCUGCCUUUUGUGCUGAUACCUGACCGCGAGCUAAGGUGA